AAGAACUAAAGCAAAAUAUGGUUAAAUUUUGAGCGUAAAGCCUUUCUUAGCAGCACUAAAAGUAUCUCAAAAAUCCUGAUUUCUUGAUCAAAAUAAAAUUUGGCUGCUAUAAGUCAGUCAUGCAGUGAGAAAUAUCCUAAAAUAAGCAGAAAGUACAGAAUAAUGGGUUUAGGCGAUAAAAUGCAGAAGGCCUUUUGCUCGAUGUGUCCGAAUGGCAGUUGUGGGGCUCGUUUAUGCUGGCACAUCAUGCAUUUGAUCCUCAGCAUGUGGUUCUAUAUUCUGGGGCUGGUUUUUAUGUUUGAGAGCUUUCUCAUCUCUAAUGGUUUGUUGAAGAGGUAUAGAACCCUUAAUAUUAGCAAAGUUCAGUACCUGGCUAUUGUUAUAGACAGCGAAGAAGCUCUUCAAACUCUAAAAGUUCUCAAUCUACUACGGUGGCUUGCAGCUAUCGGUUUGAAAAGUGUGUGCCUAUACGACAAAGAAGGAGUUCUGAAGAGAUCAAAACAAGCAAUCACGGAAAGAUUAAAAAGUGAAAAAAGGUUCAAGGAAAUCAGCACAAGUGACCCACUACAUGAUGAGAAAGGCAUGAUUCUGGAAUUCAUUUCGUCCUCUGAUGGAAAAGAAGCAGUUGCGAGAGCAGCUAAUUUCCUUUUAGAGAAGCGUUAUUCAAGUGAAAUCAAAGAGAAGCCAAAUUUUACAGAGUCUGACAUGGCUGAUGCUCUUAGAGCAAUAGGUUAUCAAAGUUCGGAUCCUGAUCUCAUGCUAGUUUACGGGCCCUCAAGAUGCCACCUGGGAUUUCCAGCUUGGAGAAUUCGUUACACUGAGAUUAUGCAUAUGGGAUCAUUGAAAUAUAUGAAAUUCGGUUUCCUCGUAAAGGCCAUUUAUAAUUUCACAAUGGUGCAUCAAAACUAUGGUACAUGAAACCUUUACAUAUGGAGUGGCAUGUUCUUGUAUAAAGACUACAAUAAAACUUCUCUUUGGGGAAACAAUGCCACAGGAAUUUACCUAAUUGUAUACACUGUUUUAUUUUGUUGAUGUAUGUCUAUUUUCGUCUAAAUGUACAAUAGAACUUGUGGUUCGUCCCAAGAUUUUCUACUUGUCCGGUUGUUUUUGCACGAUUGUUUGAUAUAAUAUCAAACGUAUCUUUUUAAAGUGACUAAUUUUCUUUCA